CUGAGCUUUUAUUUUUUAGGUGGUGCAGUUUUGCCCUCUUCAAUACCUCCUACCUCUCAGUCAAAUCAACCUGCUGGACGACGACUUCUCCCAGCUGAUCCUCGCCUCCAUCAUGCUAUGGCCCGUUCGGCAAUGACCAAAAGAAAGCGCCGUCUAGCUGAUCGUCUUUUGACUAAGACAGUGAGACAAAUAAUCCCAGAAUCUGAGUCUUAUAUGGAGCUACUGGAGGUCGAAAAAAAACUCGACUUAGUACUGAUGCAUAAACGGCUUACUUUACAGGAGGCAAUGAAAAAGCCGUUUAAGACGAAACGUAAACUUCGAAUCAUGCUUAGCAGUAUUUUCAAACCCGGAACUCCACCUUCUAUUAGGUCUGAUGGCCAGAUAAUUCAGCCGGAAUCCGUUCCUGGUUGGGAGCUUAAAGUCGAAGGCCAGCUUUUAGAUAAAAGUGGUUCAGUCUGCUCACAUCGUGUAAACUCCAUGUUUUUGCCCCUUAUCUAA